AUGGCACAAUACCAAAACGCCUACAACAACCCAAACGGUCCUGGCGAUGAACGCCCAACUGCUAUGCAGAUCGUCCAGGAUCUGGAUCUUGUGGGCAAAUUAGGCGACAAGACAUUCCUGGUGACGGGUGUAUCGUCUGGCAUCGGCGUUGAGACACUUCGGGCGCUGUAUGCUACAGGCGCUCACGUUUUCGGCACUGUUCGGGACAUCGCCAAAGGUCAAGCAACCGUCGAUGAAAUUGAAGCCACGACGAAAGGAGGCCGCAUAACGUUGUUGGACAUGGAAUUGGAUAGUUUGGAAUCCAUCCGCAAGGCCGCGAGCCAGUUCUUUGAACAAAGUCGAAAUCUGCACCUUCUUGUUUGCAAUGCUGGUGUGAUGAUGACUCCAGAGGGCAAGACCGAAGAUGGGUUCGAGACUCAGUUCGGCACCAACUUCAUUGGCCAUUUCUACCUCUUUCAACUCCUGAAGUCAGCUUUGCUUGCGUCUGCAGCUUCAGACUUUCCGUCCCGCAUCAUCUCCCUCUCAUCCAAAGGACAUCGGUAUGGAAGAGUCCGCUUCAACGACUAUAACUUCACUGAACCCAACUCAUACCAUGCCGGCGCUGCGUACGGUCAAGCCAAGGCAGCAAAUAUCUGGUUUGCGAACGAGCUCGAAAGACGUUACGGAGAGCAUGGACUGCAUGCAAUUAGCUUACACCCUGGAGGUAUUUGGAGUGGAUUGCAGACACAUUUCAACCUGGAGCAGCUGGCUAAGAUGAAGGCCGACCCCGUCAUUGCAAAGAACAUGAUGAGUGUAGAGCAAGGCGCUACGACGAGCGUUUAUGCUGCGCUGGUAAAGGACUUCGAGCCUUUGGCUGGUAAAUACAUUGCCAAAUGUGCGGUGCAAGGUCCAGCGAGUGCAGUGGAGGCCGAUCAGGGAAAGCCGGAGCUGAAGGACGAUGGGUACGCUCCGUGGGCGUACAAUAUCGAGGGAGAGAAGAGACUGUGGAAGGACGCUCUCGCAAUGCUCGGACUUGAGGAUACUUAA